UUGGCCGCACACUUCGCCCAGCACCCAUGAGACUACCAGUUCUAUCCCUCCUGAGCCUUGCUUGCGUAGCCUUCGGCUUGAACCUCCAAGGACGUGUGCAAUGGAACGAACAUUGCUCUGGAGCUGAUGAACUGGGACAAGCGAAGGCAGUUCUGGAUAAUGGCUACAGACAUGGAAGCAUCACCCAGGAUGGAACAUUCACGAUACCAGAAGUCCCUCCAGGGAUUUACAUUCUCUCUAUAAUUUCACACGACCAUGUCUUCGACAAGUUACGUGUCGACGUUUUGGAGACAGACACUCUGCCCGAGGUACACCCAUAUGUUCCUGGAACUCCACUAUCGUCGUCCACAACAGUUACCCUCCCAUAUCCCAUCCGGCUCUCUGCGGCACAACGACUGAACUAUUACGCGGAGAGGCAAGGCUUUAAUUUGCUGGGGAUGCUCAAUAAUCCCAUGAUGAUGAUGAUGCUGGUCGGUGGUGGCCUGGUAUUCGCCAUGCCGUACAUUAUGAAGAGCCUGGAUCCCGAAGCUUUGCAAACCUUAGAGAAGCGACAAGCGAAGAUGAGCACCAUCCAGAGCUCACUUCACAGUGGCGAUUUGAAGUCUGGCCUCUCGGCACUUAUGCAAAUGGGCGAUGAGGAUGCGACCGCAGCGACUGGAAAGUCGCAAACAGAGUCGAAGCCCUCUGGUUCCGGCCUCAAACAGAGGGGUGGCCGUAAUAAGAAACGGUAGUAGAGCUACAGCCCCCGUAUAUGUGUCAAGCCGCUAUUUAUUUUGCUUCCAAACCGAGUUAUCCAUGAUACAUACGACACCUGAAAGGUGCAAUCUGAGUUACGAGGUGCGGUACGCCUCCAGAUAAUCCCGACGUGGUUCUCCAGGACGUCAUCCCAAAAUUGAGCCAAGGAACUCGUUUGAGGCGUGGGAGGUGUUCGUCGUCAGUAUGUCACCAAUAUCUCUUUUAGGUGGCCCUGGAUAU